CCUCGCAAACACCCGUCUGCCCUGCCCCUCGCAGCAACAACCCCACAAACCACAGCUCUCGCUUGUUUUCGUGCAAAAAGAAGCACGGAAAACGGGCAAAAUCGUGCCUGCGUGACAUGAAUUAGUGCAUUUCUUUCAAGGAAACCGUUUGGCAACCCACUCAUACUGCAGAGGCGAAGGGAUUGCGGAGGUAAAGCCAAUGUUCGGUGCGUGAACAGUGUUCGCUUUCUGUGUUUUUGCUGUGUGAAAAUGCGUACCCAGAUCGGCUGCUGGCAAUGCGUAGAAGGAAAAGCCUGAAAAGUGCACCCACUGGGUGGGGAGGUGAUUUAGUGCAAAGUGUGUUAAACUAAGUGAAGCAAACACUUGCUGUUCUGAGUGGAAGACGAGAAAAGGUGAAACGCAUUGAGAAAGAAACCGCGUCGAAGAAGCUUCUCUUUUGUGCAUUGUGCAGUGAAAGUUCCAGUGCAGCGAGGGGAAGAAAAACGUAAAAUGCCUAAGCACCCUCUCGCAUCGUGAAAGUAAGGCGAACAAGAAGAAAACGAGCUUAGGAAGCAAAAACGUUCCUGUAAACAUAUACCCCCGUCGUACGCAAAAACAAUCAAGCUCGCCAGAAAUAUCGGUCCCCGCGGAAAAGAAAAUCACAUCAACACACACUCUCACACACACACACACGCACAUACACACACACCCACCAGUCCUAAAUGUAUCGUUCGUGGCACACACGUAACCCCCGCACGGUACAGCCAGAUGGGAUGUUGUGGUGGGGUGGCUUGUGCUAGAAAAUAGGUUUUGCCGGUUGUUUACCACGGUUGUCGGAGAGAAGAUGAGAACCGGGCUCGGCAGGAGGCGGAAAGGGAAAGCCGCCGCUGCCGUCACCGUCGGACCGCCGCCGUUCCUUGCCGAUUGGGUAUUGUGGGUGGCGUUGUCGCUGCUACUGAUUGCGACCGCCGUCCGCACCACGAGUGUGUCACCUGGUGUUAAUAAUAGCUCCACCAUCCUAAAUCGACCCAGCCCCUAUCAACCCGGACACGAUGGGCAACGUUCUCCACUGGACAGUUCGGAAGGGAGUGGUGGUGGUGGUGGUGGUGGUAGUACGCUGAGUUACAAUGCCACCGAUCGUGAGGCCAACCGGUCCGCUACGACGUUUGAGCAAUCCGCAAAACCAUGCUGUGAUAGUAAUAGCACCGACCGGGCGCAGACGGCUUCGCCUUCCGCAAGGACGCACCGGGUAGUGAUAGAAUUUUCCACCAAAAUCGUCCAGAACGAGUACAUCGUCCAGUUCAACGGCUACUACAAACCGAAGGAGCGAGAAAGCUUCAUUCAAUCCGCCCUGAACGGAUCCAAGGUACAAAAAUGGCGCAUCUUGCCACGGAACAAUCCGGCACAGGAUUUCCCGAGCGAUUUCGACGUGCUAACGCUGGAGGAAGCGAUUGAAUUCGCGGACGAUGGGUUGGCGCUGUUUCGCACGCAUCCCUCCAUCAAAAGCAUAUCCCCCCAGCGGAUGGUUCAUCGUGCGCUGAAGUAUGUUCCCCUCCGGCAGUCGGACGCCCAUCAAGCCGAUGCGGAAGAGGAGCAGGAAGAAGAGGAGGAAGAGCUGCCAGAGCAACCCGAGCUCGAGCUGGACGAUGCGGAAACGAACGAUUUUAUCGAGUUCAUCCAAAAGCGUCGCCUAACAACGGAAGCUAAUUCGUUUGCCCAGCAACCAGCACCACCGGCACCUCCGCCGCAAUCCCCCAACCGGCACACCAACCGGCGGUUGCUUCGUGCGAUCCCACGCCAAAUAACGGCGCUACUGAAGGCGGACGUGCUGUGGAGCAUGGGCAUCACGGGGCAGGGUGUCAAGGUGGCCGUGUUCGAUACGGGGCUGGCCAAAUCCCAUCCACACUUUAAGCGCAUCAAGGAGCGCACGAACUGGACGAACGAAAAGACGCUGGACGAUGGCGUUAGCCACGGUACGUUCGUGGCCGGCAUUAUCGCCUCGUCCAAGGAGUGUUUCGGCUUUGCGCCGGACGCCGAGCUGCACAUCUUCCGCGUCUUCACCAACAACCAGGUGUCGUACACGUCCUGGUUUCUGGACGCGUUCAAUUACGCCAUCCUGAAGAAGAUCAACGUGCUCAACCUGAGCAUCGGCGGGCCGGACUUCCUCGACCAGCCGUUCGUGGACAAGGUGCUGGAGCUGUCGGCGAACCGCGUCAUCAUGGUGUCGGCGAUCGGGAACGAUGGCCCACUGUACGGGACGCUCAACAAUCCGGGCGACCAGAUGGACGUGAUCGGUGUCGGCGGGAUGGAUUACGCUGACAACAUUGCCAAGUUUAGCUCGCGCGGUAUGACCACGUGGGAGCUGCCCUACGGGUACGGUCGCCUCAAGCCGGACAUUGUCACGUACGGGAGUCAGGUGAAGGGCAGCAACCUGAACGGUGGCUGCAAAUCGCUCUCGGGCACGUCCGUUGCCUCGCCGAUGGUGGCCGGUGCGGUAACGCUGAUCGCGAGCGGUGUGCUCGACCGGCCGGGAGUCGAUUUGAACCCGGCCUCGAUGAAGCAGGCGCUGAUAGAGGGUGCGGAAAGGCUGGCGGACAACAACAUGUUCGAGCAGGGCCACGGGAAGCUGAACAUUCUGCGGAGCAUGAAAGCGCUGGCAGCUUACCGGCCGCGCGUCACCCUUUCGCCGGCGUAUCUGGACUUUACCGAGGACUACAUGUGGCCGUACACGACGCAAAGCUUGUACAACAGUGCUAUGCCAGUGAUUGCGAACGUUACCAUCCUGAACGGGAUGGGCGUGUUUGGGCGGGUGAUAAACCGACCCACCUGGCACCCGUACAGCAACGAGCACGGCGAGCUGCUGAACGUUUCGAUCAGCUACUCCGAGCAGCUGUGGCCGUGGUCCGGCUGGAUGGCGGUACAUAUCGGGGUGAACGAGGCAGGGCGUGGAUUUGAAGGUAUCGCUCAGGGUCACAUCACGCUGACGGUUCAAAGCCCUCCGCAGGGCGAGAACGAACGGGAACCCCGGAACGGCACGGUCAGUUUCGCUAUCAAAGUGCGCAUCAUUCCACAGCCGCCCCGGCAGAAGCGAAUCCUGUGGGACCAGUACCAUAGUCUGCGCUAUCCGCCGGGCUAUCUGCCGCGUGAUAAUCUGAAAAUCAAAUCCGACCCACUGGACUGGCGAGCGGAUCACGUGCACACCAACUUUAAGGACAUGUACACGCACCUCCGCAACGCUGGCUACUACGUGGAAGUGCUCGGUGCUCCGUACACCUGCUUCAACGCGUCCCACUACGGCACACUGCUCGUGGUCGAUCCGGAGGAAGAGUUUUUCCCGGCGGAAGUUGCGAAACUGCGCGAAGAUGUGCUCGAGCGGCAGCUGAGCGUUAUCGUGUUUGCCGACUGGUACAACACGUCCGUCAUGCGGCGGAUAAAGUUCUACGACGAGAACACGCGCCAAUGGUGGAUGCCGGAUACGGGCGGGGCCAAUGUGCCGGCGUUGAACGAUCUGCUGCGGGGGUUCGGCAUCGCGCUCGGCGAUCGUGUUGCGGACGGGUACUUUGAUAUGCGCGAUCAUCGGAUGUACUAUGCGUCCGGGGCGAACAUUGUGCGCUUUCCCGUUGGAGAGGGGACGAUUCUGGUCGAGCGGGACCUGCUCGAUGAAGGGCUGGCGAUAACGCAACCGGACGAACCCCGCUCGAAGGUGCGGACGCGCACAGCCAUCCUGGGCAUGCUGCAAACCGAUCGGAGAGUGUACGCACGGCUACAACCGGCAACGCCCAAUCCGGAAGGAGCGCCACCAUUAGCUCCACCGGACGAGCUGCCGGAGGAGUGGGAAGAGGACGGUGGGAAGAUCGAUCGGGACGCAAUCAUCAACAAGCGCAUCCUGCUGAGUGCUGCCGUCGGUGGUGCUGGUGGUGAUGUAGAGGAGGAUGAAGACGUCCCAAACGAUGGCGGUGAGUUUAACCGGGACGAUGCGAUGAAUCGUGUGGAUGCCGGUGAGGAACCGCUGCCGGAAGACGAUCGGGACGGGGAUGAUUUGGGACAGUUGCUCCGCGAAAGGACGAAAGCUGUGAAGCAGCACAAUUCCACAACGGCACGAACGGGCGGUCGGCCCGAGCUGCUGGCCGGUGGCCGGAUUGCACUGUACGGCGAUUCGAACUGUCUCGAUUCAACGCAUCUGGAGAAGCCGUGCUUUUGGCUGCUGGACUCGCUGCUGGAGUACACAAUGACGGCGCAUGUCACCAGCCUACUGCGUGAUCUUAACGUCAGUCGGCAGGUGGAACAGAUCGAAGAAAACGUGAAGCUACCUCAGCGAAUGCCGAACAACAAUCUGCACCUGUACUCCAAAGUGCUGGUGGCUCACACGACAACGGGCGAGAAACGUCCCAUACCUGUGUGUCAACGGCUAGAGUGGGAAUAUCCGGUCACGCUGAACAUGUCCAGCUUAAGCUUCGGCACCGGUCCAAACGAGCAUCUACUCGUCCAGGAGCAGCAACAGCAGCAGCAGCAACAGCUUCUAGUGGUCCAACAGCGUCAGCUAAAGCAAGGCCCACCGCAACCAAUCAUGCCGUUGGUGGGGAACGAGCUCGUCUACAGCAGCCGGGGUCGUAGAUUAGAAAGUCAAAAGGGUGGUAAUGCCGCACUCGGCGCCAACGAUGAACCAGACGUUCCCGGAUGGCGCAACAAGAAAACGGAUAAAAUCCCCCCGAACGCACCACCGAAUGGGUUCAACGGUCCAUCGGGUGCAUCACCAACAGCCGGCACACCGAUGGCGGUCGGGGUGAAGAUAAUUCCCCUUGCCGGAGGGUCCACGGAAGACGUUGACUACUAUGCGGAGAGUCGCGCGGGAGGUGGUGGUGGUGGUGGUGUUGGUUCGAAUGGAGAUCGUUCCAGUGGUUCGGUUGGGGCAUUCUACUGGUUGGGCGGCUCGAAAGGUGCCUUGAUGGUGGCACUGUUCACGCUGCUUGCUCUACUGAACUGGGUGCGCAAAACGAAAGGGCUCACGAUCAAGCGACGGCUCAAUUACGUCUUCAACAAGGUUGGCUUCUGAGGAGCUGAAGUACAGGCACGGUUGGCUAUACCAAAAGAGACAAACGAUAAGGCAACGAAACGGACCGGCUGGUAGUGGUAGCUUAAGUUGGGGGAACAAGACUCGUUACACGGUAGGUGGUAAGGGAAGUAUUUGCCAGCUUUUCGUAUUAGGGCUCAAUGUUGUUUUAUGUUCUUGUUAUUCUUCGCGUCGUAGGAGAGGGCGGUUCUAGUUCACUUUUUAGCUGCAGUAAUGAACCUUUUUUUUAAUUUAAAUACUACUGUAUGUUUAGCCAAGGAGAAGGAAAUCAGUGCUGCUCUUCUGGUAGGUGUAUCUUGUUGAAGAUAUGGCAAUAGAAAAUAGGUCCCCAUAUGAGCGAUGUGUGUGUGUGUAGAGAGAGAGAGCAAACAGCAAAAGAUUAACAUACAUUAUGUCAAUCCGUAUUGGUGUGAAUGUGUUCCUAGCUAUUCCCCGCCACACGGGGAGGAACGCAAAAUAAAGAAGAAAAUAUUUUUAUAUUUUUAUAACGAA